CCGGCUGGCCGGCUAGAAAAUCACCGACAUCGUUACGGACCAUUGUUAUUCAGCGGUUCAGCGUCUUUUGCCGUCCUCUUCACAAACGUUUGUUUUAAAUGUUUUAAACGAGUUUCCUAACAUUUGUAUCCACGGACAGGCCCAACACGAUCGUUACCGUAAACGAAAAAGGUCAAAAUAACUUAUGAAAAUCAAUUGUUCUAUAACUAUAUCAAAGGAUAAUUCCUCUUAGGAGCAAUUCUAAUUUUCAAUUAUUGUUCAGAACCGUGGUAUUUAGGUAAUGGUAAUUCUAUGAAAAAUGAAAAAAAAACAGAUCAAAAACGGAUAAGAAUUAUACCAACAUAAUUUAUAUUUAAACAUCAUAUAUAUAUAAUAUAUACAUCAAGAACAUUUUACACAAAAUUCAAUGCCCCAACAAUAAAAUGGGUGAUGGUAAAUUUAAUGGUACUAAUUCGCGUAUGAAGAGAACUACUUAUGAUGAAGAUAGAGCAUUCAAAGAAGAACCACCUUUUAAAUCACAGCGUUUAUAUCAACAUAAUGAUGAUCAAUAUUUGCAAGGCCAAAAUGAUACUCAGUAUCAAUUUGAAAAUACUGAAAUCACUGAACACAAUUAUGAAAGAAUUCCAGCUACAACUGUUUAUAAAAAAUUACAGGUAUUGGAAAUUAGAGAUAAAAUAUUACGUGCAUCUACUACAUUACCAAUUAAAGAAGUUAAUGUUGAUGAAAUCAAACCAAUGGUUGGUACUUGUCAAGAUAUGUGUCCAGAAAAAGAACGUUUAUUACGUAUACAUGGUAAUAUGGUUUCACCGUUUGAAUGUAAAAUGAUUGACACAAAAUUAGAACCAGUUUUUGAAAUGAUGGUAAAACAAUAUGCUAGAAGUUCCGCUGACCAAGCUAAUCCGUUAUCUCAAGAAUUGAGACCGACACCUAUACUUAUUAAAACUAUGCAUUAUAUGCUUAAAAAUAUUAUAUACCCAAUUGAAUCUAACAUUGAACAAGAUUUGGCUAGUUGGUAUGACUUUUGUUGGGAUCGUUUGCGUGCAAUACGAAAAGAUAUUGUUCAACAAAAUUUACAGAACUCUGAAGUUGUGACAAUAUUAGAACAAAUUGGCCGUUUUCAUAUUGCCUGUUAUGAUCUAAUGCUUGGUUAUACAGGCUUUGAUAUAAAGUUAAACACAGAAAACCUAAACAAUUGCAUUCAAAUGUUAAUGCCUAUGUAUAGAGAUUCAGAGCAACCAUGUCCAAAUGAACCAGAGUUUGUGUCGUAUGAGUUGCUCAUGCAUUUAGGAAACCCACAAUUUCAUAUAGCAUAUGAUUUAUUACCAAUUCAUAUAAAACAAACACCUCAAGUGAGAUUCUGUAUUAAGGCUAAUAACACUUAUUUACAAUCAAGUGAUUGUAAGGCGUUCUUCAAUUUACUAAGAAGUACGACUUUUAUGAAUUGUUGUAUAUUACAAAGAGUUAUUCCAGGUAUUAGAUAUAAUAAUAUAAAAAUGAUGAACAUGUCAUAUACUACCGUGAAAAGAGUUUAUAAGCUUGAAAUGGGACAUUUUAUGGAAAAAUUAUGUUUUGAUGAUAAACAAUUAGCACAAGAGUUUUUUUCUGAUAUACAAUUACAGUUUAAUGAAACGCAUGUAGACCUUUCUCGUAAUAUAGCCAUUCGUGCGCCUGAGCUUAGAAGACAAAAACAAGAAUUCAUAAUUUCUGAGAAAAGACAAAAUUUAACAUUCUUAAUAUCUAGAGUAGAAAACAUGCCUGAUGUUAUAGUAAGCCCAGUUCAUUCAAGCUUUGACGACAAUGAUCGUUUUUAUGAUCAUACUAUUAAUGAAGUAAACAAAGAUCUGAGCACUGAAAUAUCAGAUUCUGAGAUGGUAGUAGACACUCUUUCUCCAUCAAAUUCAAGUGAUGACGAUACAAACAGAAAAGUAUUCUCUACUACUCCAAUACAAACUCCAGUUUUAGAAAUACCUACAUUUACUUUUAAUUUACCUAAGUUUUCAUUACCACCUAUACAAGUUCAAAAACCAUUUGUCAAUUUUGAAUGGAAUCUGCCUCCAAAAUUAUCUACUUUCCAAGAUAUUUUAACCUCAAACCAAUCAAAUCUAUCAACAAGUUCACUUGUAACAAACAAUAUAACAAGUCUUCCAAUACCAACUACUCAAGAUGUAUUUAUAAAACCUCCAUGUCAAAGUCCUAUGAAUAUAAGUCCUAUUCAGCAAACACAUCCUCAGAUUAAUUUAAAUGAAAAACCAGAUGUUACACAAGUAAUAGAACAUCAAACUAAUCUUACCAAAAAAUAUUUUUGUAAGUGGCAGAAUUAUGUUAACCGUAAGAAGUCUAUAUAUAUUGAAGAGAUGUUUGCAGAUGGUGAUUUGUUUCAUUCAGAGUGUAUUUCAUCUUUAUCUUCAUCUCCGUCAUCAACAAAGUCUCUAAGUUUUGUCGAUGAAGUUAUUGAAAUAAUUCAAGAAGAACCAAAAGAAUGGUUAAAUAAACAGUAUGUUUUAGCAAAAAAAUAUUUCUUUAUUUGGUUACGAAAAGUUCUACGUAGAAGAAGAAAGAUUGAAAUUGAUCCUGUAUGCAGUAUGCCAUGGUCAGUAUUUAUGCAAGUACACGGCACACCAAAAGAGACAUUAUCAAAUACGUUUCAAAAUGUUAAGUCUGAGAGACAAUUUAAAAAUCCAUUUGAUCCAUUGAAUAUUAAUAAUUCUACAGAAUAUGAUAUUAGUGUUCAAAUUGCUAAUAUAUUCGUUAAAAAUGUAAAAGAGAUGAAGAAAGAUGAAUAUGAUAGAAAAAAGAUAUUUUGGAAAUUGGCAAUUAAUUAUGGAGAUACACCAGAACCCUAUUGUAUAGAAAAAAAGGUGCUAACAAUUAUUUAUGGUAAAUUAGGAUUUAGUAACAAUCAAGUACAGAAAAUUUAUACUGAUUAUAAUGCAUAUUUCAUAAAAACAGUGCAUAGUUGUAUUGGGCAAUUCAACUGGACAAACAAUGGUUUGAACGCAGCUCUUAUUUUUACAAAUACGGAUAAAGAAGACAUUGAGACAUUGUUUAAACGCGUAGAUUUAAUUUUGCAGUCAACUCCAAUAGCUAUUCCUUUAGUCAUGAUAUUUUCUUCUAAAUCAGAUAAAAAUAGUAUUAAUCAUUACGAAUAUGUUUUAGAUGGGUACAAGGAAAACGAGUACAUAAAUAAUUACUCUGUUUACAUAUGGGAAGGUCCAAAGACCAUUUUGGAAUCCAUUGAAUUCUUUUCCAAACAUUAUGUAGACUUGACCCCUGGUGCGCGUACAGAAAAAUUAUAUUAUAAUUUACUCAAUUUUUCUCGACAUUUCUUCGUAAAAGUACGUAGUUUAUUAUCCGAAGAUAAUCCAAAUACUAUCAUUGAAAAAUACAAUCAAUGCUUGGAUGCUUAUAUUUUACGAUUAGGUAGAAAUAAUAAAAUAUUAACAGACUUGGCACCCGAUUUGAUUCCAUACUACACUCAAAAUCCAGAUGAAUUUUCAAAAGAAUAUUCAAACUUCAAUCUGAAAUAUUUUGAAGAUGUAUUAAAUAUUGCACACCUAUUGCCAUAUGAAUCAUGGCCACCUAACAAUAUUGAUGAUUUAAUGGACUAUGUAAAAAAUAUGUGCAAACUUUCAAACCGUAGAUCUUGGUGUUUAGACAUAUUGCAAAUGCUCCAAUUGUAUAGACAAGCCAAUUUGGAAUACUGUUUAUUGAAUGCUAGUUGGUAUGAACCAAUCGAAAUGUGGAUUGAAGGUACAUUAGAAAAGUGUUCUAUUGCACAGAAUGACUUCAUCAUAUUUUACAAUGGUGACCCAAUCACCGAUGUACUUAAUAUGAUAUUUUCAGACCAACAAUAAAUAUAUUGAGUUUUUAUUAAUUAAAAAUGACCUAAACCAUUUUUAAUUGAUAAUUUUUCAUAACUGAAGUAUAUUCUUCUAUAUUUGUAUGUACAUGUUAGUAAAUAGUAUUAACUAUCAAGAUAUGUAUUAUUACAUGUAUUUUUAUAAAUAUAGAGUAUUUAAAAUUUGAAUUUGAA